CCCGCGGGAGCCGGAAGCCGCGGCAGCGCCGAGCGAGGGGCCGAGCAGCGCCCCGGGCCCCGGCACCCACCCGGGCCCUGCCCUGCCCUGCCCUCCGCCCCGCCGGGCCCGGAGCUCCGCCGAGCCGCCAUGGCCAACAUGGAGAAGCACCUGUUUAACUUAAAGUUUGCUGCAAAGGAGCUCAACAGGAACUCGAAAAAAUGCGACAAAGAAGAAAAGGCCGAGAAAGCUAAAAUUAAGAAGGCAAUUCAGAAGGGGAACAUGGAAGUGGCCCGGAUCCACGCGGAGAACGCCAUCCGCCAGAAGAACCAGGCCAUCAAUUUCUUGCGCAUGAGCGCCAGGGUAGAUGCUGUAGCAGCCAGAGUUCAGACUGCAGUGACAAUGGGCAAGGUAACCAAGUCAAUGGCAGGGGUAGUGAAGUCUAUGGAUGCCACGCUGAAGAGCAUGAACUUGGAAAAGAUAUCUGCCCUAAUGGAUAAAUUUGAGCAUCAAUUUGAAACGUUAGAUGUUCAGACACAACAGAUGGAAGAUACAAUGAGCAGCACCACGACACUAACAACACCACAAAACCAGGUGGAUAUGCUUCUACAGGAAAUGGCAGAUGAAGCAGGUCUUGAUCUGAACAUGGAGCUACCUCAAGGGCAAACAGGUUCUGUUGGUACAAGUGUUGCGUCGGCAGAACAGGAUGAGCUGUCACAGAGACUCGCCCGCCUACGUGAUCAAGUGUAAAGCAGACCAAGCUGCAGCUCUUGGUCCCUGCUGUCAAAGUACCUUUCUGUAACUAACCCUCACUACACUAGGAAGGUGUAUGCAGUAAGGCUUAACUGUUUGGAUAUUUGUAAUAUAAGGUAUUUCACUCCUAGGUUGCAACUCCUUCUAAAAUAACAUUAACCCCAAAAUAGCUCUCUGUCCUUUUCUGUACAUUUUGAACUUGAUAUAUUUUUUGCAAGCUUUUUUCUCAAAAUCAAAUGGAUAUUCUGAGUCAGUAAUGAGGGUGCAUUCUAGCUAAAAGAAAAGCAGAAUGUUAUUGAUAUCUGUUUUAAAUUAUAAAGUGAUUUUUUUUUUUAAAUUAUGAGAACUGUUUAUGGUUGGAGAACUGAUGUGUUCAGUUCAGAUGAUUGCUGUAGAGAACUUCUUACACAGCCAGACUCCUGGAACACACAGAGAUGGGCAGCAUGGACUUCAUGGAAAAUAUGCUCAUUAAAACAAAUAAGUGGACUUCAGUCUGAGUUUCUAAAAUACUCUUGAGUUUUUUAGUCUUUUAAAGUUAGGGUAAUUACAUUGAGCUUAAUGGUUUAGUUAAAAAAUGAGUUACCAGAAGUUGUUUCAUAUAACUGGCAACUUGUACAGUGCCACCACUUCAGCACCAGAAUAAACUGUAUUUUUCAACUCUUUGUCAGUUCUGUUGAAUGUUGCAGCUUGCUGGUUGUUUAAUGUCAAGUGCUGUAGCUUCUCCAGUUUGCUUUCUUCUCAGUGUCCUGGGCUGCAGCCAGUCAUGCCACUCACACCUCUUCUGCCACCAGAACAUCUAGUUCCUGCUAGCAGGGAACUUGUGCUACCCAUUUUUUUUUUUCAGGUUCAGGCUGAGAAGCCUUACCUGAAGGAACUGAAGCCUGUUUUAGUCUGUUCCUUCUCACACUGUCUCUGCUUUUAAUCUAGUCAUGUUUUUAUACGAAAGGACAAGUCCUGUGAUCACGUUCCACACUUCAUUGUUCUUCCACAUGUGAAAAAUCCAGAAGUGCUCUUCCUUAGGUUUGGAUCUUGGCAGUCCUCCUUCACGAGUCAAGGUCCCAACCCUGUCUUCUCCAACCAGAUCACUCCCUUGGGUCAACUUCUCUGCAGGUGAGAAGUGGAUGAGGAGUGUAGGCCAUCUCAGUCAAAGGGGGUUAUGUUGGAUGUAAAACAGCUGCUUUGUUUUGCAAGGUGUCAUUUUGCUCUCUACAGAUAAAAUCACAUGAUCUGUAAUGUUGCAGUCAUGUGGAGAAGCUUUAGUUCUAGUGUUCCCCUGGUAUUUCUGCACAGUAAGAGAAUCUACUGGCUUCUUUCAGGAGCUUCCAACUCUGGCUGCUGUUGUGAAGUAAAGAAGUGGUGGUAGAAAUUCCUAGCUGAGACUACUUGUGAUGUGUUGUGAUAAAUAAGCAAUGAUGUUAAAAUUCUCUUCCUGACUUUUUGGCCUUGUUUUAUCUUUGCAGGUGUGAGGGAAGAUGUGAAGCAUAAGACUUAGGGUUAGUUGCUGGUGGUCAGGAUCCCAUGGGUUUUUUCCCCAGUGAUGGGGAAAUAUUUUGGAAAAAAGAUACCUGCCUUUUGUACUCAAGCAGGAUUUUUUCCAGUGAAAACAUGCAAAGAUGGUGAAACAUUUCAGUGUGUUUUCAAACUAUAUCUUGAAUGUUUUCUUCAAAUCUCCUUGAAGGCUUAGCAGGAUGUUACAUACUGAAGUAUUCAAGGCUACUGUAAAAAUAAGAUAUGGAAAACAAGACAGACAAAACAACCUGAAAUGUUGUGGAAUCAUGUCUCACACUGGCCUUCUAAACUAAAACAAUUAGUUUGAAACAUGGUUUGUUCAGUUGUUGACUUUUGUUUUCAGUGCAGUUUUCUUUAAAACAUCUUCAGUGUCCCUCCUGUGAGUAGGAGAAAUUGGAAGGUGUUUAAAGCUGUGAACUCACUUCUGUAGUCUUGGUACAAUCCUUUCAAGUUAUUAAUAAAAUACUUUGGGAAAGGGACUAUAUGCUACUUUCCACCCCCCCCUUAGCUCCUUCUGAACAGUGUAACAAAACCACAAUGGUAAAUCUAUGCAACUAGGUUACCCAGUGCUGUGGUAACUGCUUGUGUGUGUGCCUUUGCCUUGCUGAACUUGCUGUAUUGUUUUGGUGUUCAGCUACUUCAUCUCUCAUGGUAGGAUUGGAAGGUUUCUGUUGUGUAAUAAGUCCACAUCUGAGUUGACUUUCUGGUUGGUUGUUGAUAGAGCUGGACCACAAACUGCUGAGGUUUGUGUCUGAUACCAGACAAUUUUCAGCUCCCUCCUCUGGGUGAUUUAACCUUGCAGAUUGUGCUGCUUUUAGGCUGUUCUGGCCAUUCUUGAAGUAUUUGAGGGGUAGACAGCAAUUCUGAGAGCCCCUAUAUUUGGUUGUCUGAGUGUGUUGCCUUGCCCUGAGCCUUGGCCCUUUGGAGGAAUUUAAAAAUAGAAGGAGAUGAGACUGCAAAGGAAAUGUUACAUAAACUCUCUUAUCUUUCUGGCUGUACACAGCCUCUUCCCUGGUUUUGAUCUUAUCCCAGGCUUGUUGACCCUGGUACCAGAAUAGGUUUCUUCUUCAAAAAAAAGGAUUUAACAAGUAAACAUAAAGACUUGACUGACAUAAUUAAAGUUAACUCUGUGGGACUGUGAUGCAAAGAGGUGGGCAGGCUUGGCUGAUUUGGGGGAGAAACGGUGUUUGAAGUAGUGAAUUUUUGCCCUGCUGAGCUCAUUGAGAAUUGCUGUCUAUUUCAGCAGGGACAGGAUUUUAUCCUGGCUGCUUCUGUGUAUCCAUCUCCUGCCCUCUCCUGGGGGAAACCCUUUCUUUCCUCUUUAGAAGCAUUUGUGUAGGAGAGCUGCCGUUCUGAAACUUGUAACAGUUACAUUUUGAACGUGUAUAUUUUUCUCAAGUGUUUCAGAAAUGGUGAAACUGAAACUUACUCUUGGAGCAAUAUUUGUGUUUUGAAUCCUUCCUCUCUUCAGGCUCUUUUCUGAACAGCUCUGGCUCCUCACUCCUACAUCUCUGCUGUUUCUUGUGAGUUGACUGUGUGUGUUUGUAAAAAUUAACUUCAUGUUAAAUAAGUUGUAUGUGCUUUUAUGUAACCUUAUUGCCAGGUGUUAUAUCAAUAUUUAUGCUUAUGAGCAGACACAUCUAAAAUGAAACAUUGCUUGAAAUGUUGCAAGAUGGUUUUGCUCCACUUCUUUUUUUUUUUCUCCUUGGUUACUAAAACUGCUGGUGGGUGGUCACAUUACUCUUCAUUUAUUUGAAUUCCAAACCUGAAAGCCAGGAAGAGCUUCAGAUGAAAGGAGAAGGAAGGAGAAGAAGAACAACAACUUCAACUUAAUCUUGAUUGCAAUGGGAUAAAAUUAUCAAGUUGCCUUUGUGGAGAUCCUCAGAGCCAAAAAAAACAGGGACAUUUUGUUAAAUAUAAUAAGCAACCGUGUACAGAAAUAAAUUCUGAAGCUGGUAACAUGUAUAGAGAAGAGAAGAACUUUUGUAGCUCUGGUUGAGUUCGUUUUGAAAACUGCUUUACUUGUACGGGACAAUUUGUAAAUGUAACUGCAAGUGGUAAAUAAAAUUGUACAGACAAGUUC